AAGCUGAGCAAACCUGUUGAGCGUCAGUGAAAAAGGGUGUUGGCGUCUGUCUGACUCAAGAGUACGUUCGUCUAUUGUGUGUCGCUCCAUGCCCGACAUUUCCUGUUUUUUCCCCCCUACACACAUCUCCAUUUGGGUUUAACGCGUGUCGGAGCAUGGCUCCUGCAACUAUGGUGAUGCGUAACCAUGCCAACACAGUACGACAUGGCUCAGUUAUGUUCUGCUCACUAGUGUGACAUGGGGAUCUGGGGUUCUGGUACAGUGCAAACAGCCCAGCUGAUAAGAAGCCUGAUAGAGCUGUUAUCCUGGACUGAUCUUUAUUCACUGUGGUUACUCCAGCACAGUGCUGUUGCUAAGGUGAAAGAGAGUUUGAAGAUGGCAAAUAUCUCUGCUUUGAUUUUAUUGACAUCAGUUGCGUCCCUUGUGUUCGCAGAGGAGCAGAAAGAAAUGGAGGAGGAGGAUCCAUUUACCUUUGAUUAUCACAGGCUACGUGUUGGGGGGUUGAUCCUGGCAGCAGUUCUGUGUCUGAUCGGCAUCACCAUCCUCUUCAGCGGACACUGCAGAUGCAAGUUCAACCAGGACAAAAGGAGGAGGUCAGGAAGCAACGCCGCCCAGCCACUCAACGACCAAGCUCGGGCCAGUGAGUGCUAGGAACCAAACGCCCACCUAGCAGCAGGUCAAAUCGACUUCUUGGUUCUGCAUCAAUCAAGAGAUAUAAAUUGAUGGGUGGAGUUGGCUUGUUUUUUGUCUAAUGGAGGUUGUUUUUUAGAGAGUGGUGCUGUCUUCCCAAGAGGGAGGUGGUACUGUGCCAUUGGAGAUCAGAGGUGUGCUGCUUUUACCUGUGUUGCUGUUCUCCCUUCCGCCCAUUACUCCUGUUUCUGCUCCGCCCAAUACUCACACUGUAACUCGCCACCAGCGAGCACACACAGACAGACAAAGCAGGACACGAUUUUUCCCCCAUGUUCUUUGUAUUUAAACAGAUAACCAAAAGAUGCUGUGUGUCGACUCACUCAUUAUUUCAUUGCAAUGUUUUGCACCUUUAGUGGCUCCACCUGUAUGUGGAAAAUAUGCGGUAGAUUUCACUGUUUGUGUGUGUUUUGAAUUGCCAUACUGUCACCUAAUAAUCUUACAUGCAUAUACAUUACUGUAAAAUAGGUACCGAUAGCCAUAAACUAUUAUAAUGUCAAUAACUAUUCACACACCUUAAUCUUGAUUAUUCCUAUAUUAACUUUUGAGUUGAAUGUAGAAAAGUGCGCUGGUCUAUGCAGUAGAAUCUGUUGUAUGAUAAAUGCAAUGUUUUUUUAAUAUUACAGAAUAUUAAAAUGAUUUCAAUAAGCGGAUGAUAUAGUUUUGAUUGAGAGUGUUUGCCACCAAAACAACAUUAAUGUUAUUUUAGUUUGUUAGAUACCACACAAACAAUUACUGUCCCUGAAGAGGGUUUUCUCCCCAAUUGGCUUUUAGUGAGUCGCGGUCUACAUUGAGAUGUUUCUUGGCAAAUGAGUAGAUGGUGUCUAUGUUUGUAAUUCAAAUUAAAAGAGUUACCUUUUA